AUGAAGUGUGAAUGGGAUGAAUGUGAGGAGGAUAUUGAGGAGGAUUCUAAGAAGCACUUUCUGAUGCAUAUUGAGAAGCUGAGUGUGAACAAGUGCUUGUGGAAAGAUUGCGCAAGGAUUGGGGAGAUUCAGGCUAGCAAGCAUGCAUUGCUAGCACACGCACGCAGACACACUGGAGAACGACCUUUUGAAUGCCACAUAUGUGGAAAGGAUUACACAAGAAGUGAUCCUUUGAAGAAGCAUUUGGCACGCCAUGAGGCUGUGGAGAGUAAGAAUGCAAGCCUAAUUGCAAAAAUUGAGUAUCUAAGCGCUCUACUUACUGAGCAUCGCAGAGAGACGAUUCGAAUAAUGAAUCAAAUUGAAUCAAUACAGCGCAACAUACAGGUAGUCAAUAGUAAAAUAGUCGAUAAGAUAAAAGAAAAUCUCUGA